UCAGCAAAUCCAUCCAUUUUCACCCAAAACUCACUCAUAUCUCUAAACUCUAUGCCAACAUCAACCACACCAACGGAACACUCUGUCUCUACCCAACCCCCACAAGUAACCUCCCUUCCAUCCUUAAAUUCAACAUCAAAUACAGCAACAGAACAGUUUCUCUCCAUCCAAAACUCACAAACGACAUCACCAAACUCCUCCUCCACUUCAACAGAUCAAUCUCCUCCCAAACACCUCCCAAACACCUCCCAAACACCAUCCACCAAAUCAUCUAGUUCUACUUCAACAUCACCUACAUUUACAGAACUAUCCACCUCAACCCAGCUCUCACCCCUAACGUCUCCGCUACAUUCUACAACUUCCACAGUCUCCACCCAAUCCUCACAACCAACACCCUUGCUAUAUAUUGACUCAACAUCAACUGCAUCAGCAGAACAAUCUGUCUUCCCCCAAACCUCACAACCAAGCAUACCCUUAACAAUGAACUCAGGACCAGCAAUAACAGAACCAUCCAUCUCAACGCGGCCCUCACACCUAACUUCCCCGCAGUCUUCUACAACAUCAACAGAAGUGUCUGACUCCGCCAAAACCCCUGAAACAAAAACUCUUCUAUACUCUACCGUGACAAAUAACACAUCUGUGUCCACCCAACCCUCACAACAGCCAAUCUUGCAAUCCAACCCUGCAACCCUGCUCAACUUAACACCAACAACAUCUACGGAACCAUCUGUCUCCACGCAACCAUCAAAACCAACAUCUGCCUCAUCAUUUAUCUCUACAUCAACAUCCCCUAAAUCAGCAAAUCCAUCCAUUUUCACCCAAAACUCACUCCUAACUCUAAACUCUAUGCCAACAUCAACCACACCAACUGAAUCCUCUGUCUCUACCCAACCCCCACAAGUAACCUCCCUUCCAUCCUUAAAUUCAACAUCAAAUACAUCAACAGAACAGUUUGUCUCCAUCCAAAACUCACAAACAACAUCACCAAACUCCUCAUCCACUUCAACAGAUCAAUCUCCUCCCAAACACCUCCCAAACACCUCCCAAACACCAUCCACCAAAUCAUCUAGUUCUACUUCAACAUCACCUACAUUUACAGAACUAUCCACCUCAACUCAGCUCUCACUCCUAACGUCACCACUACAUCCUACAACUUCCACAGUCUCCACCCAAUCCUCACAACCAACACCCUUGCUAUAUAUUGACUCAACAUCAACUGCAUCAGCAGAACAAUCUGUCUUCCCCCAAACCUCACAACCAAGCAUACCCUUAACAAUGAACUCAGGACCAGCAAUAACAGAACCAUCCAUCUCAACGCGGCCCUCACACCUAACUUCCCCGCAGUCUUCUACAACAUCAACAGAAGUGUCUGACUCCGCCAAAACCCCUCAAACAAAAACUCUUCUAUACUCUACCGUGACAAAUAACACAUCUGUGUCCACCCAACCCUCACAACAGCCAAUCUUGCAAUCCAACCCUGCAACCCUGCUCAACUUAACACCAACAACAUCUACGGAACCAUCUGUCUCCACGCAACCAUCAAAACCAACAUCUGCCUCAUCAUUUAUCUCUACAUCAACAUCCUCUAAAUCAGCAAAUCCAUCCAUUUUCACCCAAAACUCACUCCUAACUCUAAACUCUAUGCCAACAUCAACCACACCAACUGAAUCCUCUGUCUCUACCCAACCCCCACAAGUAACCUCCAUUCCAUCCUUAAAUUCAACAUCAAAUACAGCAACAGAACAGUUUCUCUCCAUCCAAAACUCACAAACGACAUCACCAAACUCCUCCUCCACUUCAACAGAUCAAUCUCCUCCCAAACACCUCCCAAACACCUCCCAAACACCAUCCACCAAAUCAUCUAGUUCUACUUCAACAUCACCUACAUUUACAGAACUAUCCACCUCAACCCAGCUCUCACCCCUAACGUCUCCGCUACAUUCUACAACUUCCACAGUCUCCACCCAAUCCUCACAACCAACACCCUUGCUAUAUAUUGACUCAACAUCAACUGCAUCAGCAGAACAAUCUGUCUUCCCCCAAACCUCACAACCAAGCAUACCCUUAACAAUGAACUCAGGACCAGCAAUAACAGAACCAUCCAUCUCAACGCGGCCCUCACACCUAACUUCCCCGCAGUCUUCUACAACAUCAACAGAAGUGUCUGACUCCGCCAAAACCCCUGAAACAAAAACUCUUCUAUACUCUACCGUGACAAAUAACACAUCUGUGUCCACCCAACCCUCACAACAGCCAAUCUUGCAAUCCAACCCUGCAACCCUGCUCAACUUAACACCAACAACAUCUACGGAACCAUCUGUCUCCACGCAACCAUCAAAACCAACAUCUGCCUCAUCAUUUAUCUCUACAUCAACAUCCCCUAAAUCAGCAAAUCCAUCAAUUUUCACCCAAAACUCACUCCUAACUCUAAACUCUAUGCCAACAUCAACCACACCAACUGAAUCCUCUGUCUCUACCCAACCCCCACAAGUAACCUCCCUUCCAUCCUUAAAUUCAACAUCAAAUACAUCAACAGAACAGUUUGUCUCCAUCCAAAACUCACAAACAACAUCACCAAACUCCUCAUCCACUUCAACAGAUCAAUCUCCUCCCAAACACCUCCCAAACACCUCCCAAACACCAUCCACCAAAUCAUCUAGUUCUACUUCAACAUCACCUAAAUUUACAGAACUAUCCACCUCAACUCAGCUCUCACUCCUAACGUCACCACUACAUCCUACAACUUCCACAGUCUCCACCCAAUCCUCACAACCAACACCCUUGCUAUAUAUUGACUCAACAUCAACUGCAUCAGCAGAACAAUCUGUCUUCCCCCAAACCUCACAACCAAGCAUACCCUUAACAAUGAACUCAGGACCAGCAAUAACAGAACCAUCCAUCUCAACGCGGCCCUCACACCUAACUUCCCCGCAGUCUUCUACAACAUCAACAGAAGUGUCUGACUCCGCCAAAACCCCUCAAACAAAAACUCUUCUAUACUCUACCGUGACAAAUAACACAUCUGUGUCCACCCAACCCUCACAACAGCCAAUCUUGCAAUCCAACCCUGCAACCCUUCUCAGCUUAACACCAACAACAUCUACGGAACCAUCUGUCUCCACGCAACCAUCAAAACCAACAUCUGCCUCAUCAUUUAUCUCUACAUCAACAUCCCCUAAAUCAGCAAAUCCAUCCAUUUUCACCCAAAACUCACUCAUAUCUCUAAACUCUAUGCCAACAUCAACCACACCAACGGAACACUCUGUCUCUACCCAACCCCCACAAGUAACCUCCCUUCCAUCCUUAAAUUCAACAUCAAAUACAGCAACAGAACAGUUUCUCUCCAUCCAAAACUCACAAACGACAUCACCAAACUCCUCCUCCACUUCAACAGAUCAAUCUCCUCCCAAACACCUCCCAAACACCUCCCAAACACCAUCCACCAAAUCAUCUAGUUCUACUUCAACAUCACCUACAUUUACAGAACUAUCCACCUCAACCCAGCUCUCACCCCUAACGUCUCCGCUACAUUCUACAACUUCCACAGUCUCCACCCAAUCCUCACAACCAACACCCUUGCUAUAUAUUGACUCAACAUCAACUGCAUCAGCAGAACAAUCUGUCUUCCCCCAAACCUCACAACCAAGCAUACCCUUAACAAUGAACUCAGGACCAGCAAUAACAGAACCAUCCAUCUCAACGCGGCCCUCACACCUAACUUCCCCGCAGUCUUCUACAACAUCAACAGAAGUGUCUGACUCCGCCAAAACCCCUGAAACAAAAACUCUUCUAUACUCUACCGUGACAAAUAACACAUCUGUGUCCACCCAACCCUCACAACAGCCAAUCUUGCAAUCCAACCCUGCAACCCUGCUCAACUUAACACCAACAACAUCUACGGAACCAUCUGUCUCCACGCAACCAUCAAAACCAACAUCUGCCUCAUCAUUUAUCUCUACAUCAACAUCCCCUAAAUCAGCAAAUCCAUCCAUUUUCACCCAAAACUCACUCCUAACUCUAAACUCUAUGCCAACAUCAACCACACCAACUGAAUCCUCUGUCUCUACCCAACCCCCACAAGUAACCUCCCUUCCAUCCUUAAAUUCAACAUCAAAUACAUCAACAGAACAGUUUGUCUCCAUCCAAAACUCACAAACAACAUCACCAAACUCCUCAUCCACUUCAACAGAUCAAUCUCCUCCCAAACACCUCCCAAACACCUCCCAAACACCAUCCACCAAAUCAUCUAGUUCUACUUCAACAUCACCUAAAUUUACAGAACUAUCCACCUCAACUCAGCUCUCACUCCUAACGUCACCACUACAUCCUACAACUUCCACAGUCUCCACCCAAUCCUCACAACCAACACCCUUGCUAUAUAUUGACUCAACAUCAACUGCAUCAGCAGAACAAUCUGUCUUCCCCCAAACCUCACAACCAAGCAUACCCUUAACAAUGAACUCAGGACCAGCAAUAACAGAACCAUCCAUCUCAACGCGGCCCUCACACCUAACUUCCCCGCAGUCUUCUACAACAUCAACAGAAGUGUCUGACUCCGCCAAAACCCCUCAAACAAAAACUCUUCUAUACUCUACCGUGACAAAUAACACAUCUGUGUCCACCCAACCCUCACAACAGCCAAUCUUGCAAUCCAACCCUGCAACCCUGCUCAACUUAACACCAACAACAUCUACGGAACCAUCUGUCUCCACGCAACCAUCAAAACCAACAUCUGCCUCAUCAUUUAUCUCUACAUCAACAUCCUCUAAAUCAGCAAAUCCAUCCAUUUUCACCCAAAACUCACUCCUAACUCUAAACUCUAUGCCAACAUCAACCACACCAACUGAAUCCUCUGUCUCUACCCAACCCCCACAAGUAACCUCCAUUCCAUCCUUAAAUUCAACAUCAAAUACAUCAACAGAACAGUUUGUCUCCAUCCAAAACUCACAAACGACAUCACCAAACUCCUCAUCCACUUCAACAGAUCAAUCUCCUCCCAAACACCUCCCAAACACCUCCCAAACACCAUCCACCAAAUCAUCUAGUUCUACUUCAACAUCACCUACAUUUACAGAACUAUCCACCUCAACCCAGCUCUCACCCCUAACGUCUCCGCUACAUUCUACAACCUCCACAGUCUUCACCCAAUCCUCACAACCAACAACCUUGCUAUACAUGAACUCAACCUCAACUGCACAAACAGAAGAAUCCGUCAUUCCCCAAACCUCACAAUCAACAUCACCAUUAAUCUCAUCAUCGUCAAAGCUUACAAAUACAACGGUAGCGACAUUAUCUACAUCCAUGGACAAUUUAUUUCCAUCUCCGUCUGCAAGUACUAAUGAGAAUGAAAAGUCAUCAAAUUUGAUCACUGAUGACAUUUUCACCAAAAGUUCAACCACAACUAAGCUUGUGUCAGAUUCCUCAACUUCCACAAACCCUUUCUUAGCUUCACAGAGAAAAGGAACGAUUGUCUUCUUUCAACACACACCCAAGUUUGUUUUGUUUAGGCCCAUAGUAUUUUCACAUCCAACAGUGGUUCGCACAACGGUAUCAAAAGCUAAUGCUAUCACCUCAAAUACCGAUAACAGAGAAUUGAAAACCAGGACAGCAAUCCCUUCAAAGGGAACAUUAGAAUUGCAGAUGCGAAUUCAAGAAGAAUUCUAUUCAGCCUACUUGGAUAUCAACACUACAGAGCACAAUAGGUUGGCUAGAAAUGUUUCAGCUGAGAUCAGCCUUGCUUUCAAGAUAAAGUAUCCAAGCACAUUCAUCAAUUGCACAGUGAACCAUUUCUGGAAUGGAUCUGUUGGUGUGGAUAUGACCCUCACAUUCAAGAAUCAGAAUGUAGUUCCAAGCAACUACACAGCUGUCAGAGACUUGACAGAGACAUUCCAAAUUGGAAAUAUCUCUCUGAAUAUUAUCCCAAGCAGUAUAAUUGCAUGGAGGACCCAAGCGCAAGGAGACCGACAACGUAGAAACAACAGGGAUAGGCUACAAGAAACACGCUACAUGAAACAACGACUGACCAAGACUGAACAAAUGACAGGGACUUAAUACACCGAACCAAACAAGACACAGGUGAAUGCAACAACACUAAUGACACCACUGAAAGACAAUCAACAAGACACAGGUGGAACUAAUAAACACAGAACACAGGGAAACACUAGGGCAGACAAACUAAGACUGGGGCACGGUGGUGGGCAUGACAAUCUAUCUUUAAUUCCAGUAACCUGUGUGUGUCACCGACGUCUCACUCAGCGUCUGCAUUAUGGACACUGUGACCUACCUAUAAUUUUAGGAAUAUCUGUGUGUCACCUACUUCAUCAUUGGCAAAGCGCACUAUAUCUAUAGUUCCAGGAAUCUGUGUGUGUGUGUCUCACCGACAUGUUAAUAUAUGCACUAGUAUAAUUAAAUGGUAAAACGUUUGUGAUAUUGGUUAUUACAAGUGUAAGAAGGCAUAGUAUGGGAGAGGGGUGUGUGGGGGAGGGUAAGUGGAUAUUGUAAAGGGACAGUUUUAAGGUUGUGUUACCAAAAAACAAGAUAACAUUUACAUAGCCUAGUCCUGGUAAGUCACAUCUCCCCCAUGCCAAGUUUCAUUUGUGUGUUUCACUUGUACGGAUAAACUGUGCUGAAGUGUAACUACGUAGCAUUUUCUACAAAAUUACAAUGUAGUCACUAUAGAUAAUCUACACAGCUAUUAUUUACCCUUAACUGACGAGACUAGAAUACAAUCUAUGAGUCUUGUUGAGAGGGUAGAGAACAAAGGACUGAAUUUAUUAUUAUUUUUAUUAUAUUUUAUGCGAUAUAGUGUAAUUCACCGAAUAUUCACUACUGGGUGGGUUUAGCUCAUUGGUUAGAACAUUUUAGUGCAGAUCAGGACGUGGCAGGUACAAAUCUUCCUCUGUACAUCACUUGGAGUACAAGCAUCUGCUAAAUGAGUACAUCAUUAUUACAUUACAUAAUACACUGUAACUGAAUUAUGUUGGCCUUAUACAGUUGCUUGUGUAACCAUGUUAUUCUUUGAAACUAUAUGUGAGAGGGAAAAACUACUCGGUGUGACAGAUACAGGAAGCACAUACUUUAUGUGAGCAAAUAACAUGUUUUAUUUUGGAAUGUUACUCCAAAGAAUAGACAUGUCAAAUGUUGUGAAAAUCUGAUAUUCAUAUUCUGUUUGGAUCUGUAACUAAAGCACUGAGUCCAGUUGUUUGUAUAAUAUUCCAGAUUUCUCAGCAAAAUAGAAUGUCCAUUCAUGAGUGUGACAGAAAGAAAAAGUGAAAGAGAGACACAGAUGAGAGAGGAAACUUCUGUUGACUAAAAACUAAAGAUAUCAGUCUCCUGAUAUCACCACAACUAUCCUGUAUAUAGUAUACAGUCUGUUACAUGCAGUACUAUAGUAGACAGUAGUCUUAUAUGCAGUACUAUACAUGUUAAAAAGGGAUCACCUUACUCUAACAGUAAAUAUACUAGAUUGUUUAUGUAGAUGUACUGCAACUGUACAGUACAGUCAUGAAAAAGAUGAUCAUGGCUCAUUUUACUAUAAUGUCCACUGCAACUUUAGGUCUGGGCUUAAUGUACUACAAAUAUGUGUGAUGUAAUUAAAUAGUUUCAAGUUUUUUUUGUUACACAUUGUUUGCGACCUACUACUGCAAAACAAUGAAUGAGGCUUGUAAAUAACAAAAGCAAUUUCAUAUUCCUAUGAAAUUCAUUAAAGUAAUAUUCAUUCAUUUGUUCAAUUGAAGUCAAUCUAAAUUGUAUCAAUUCAAUGUAUACUUCUGGCAUGUCUAUUCUAGUUUGAUAUACAUCAUUUAUGUAACUACAACUUCAUACCGGUUUUUGGCAGUUAAAAGGAAUGCAUUGUUAAUGCAUUUCUAAAACAAAUGACUAUGGAUGGCGUAGCCAAUGAUCUGGGAACAAGAUAACAAUCUAAUGGGAGUGUUAACUCACAUAGUCUGUUUUCAAACAUGCUUCAGUCUUCAGUACUACCUCACACUAUUUUAAUGAAGUGCCCCUUAAGGUGAUUUAGAAGAGGGUUUCUCCAAUUCAGAGAAGGACUUCCAACUAUUCUGAGUGAUUACGUAGAUUUUCGUAGAUUAAUGUAGGAUAUAACUAAAUUGGUAGUCAUAAAAUAUUUUUUUUAAGUAUUUGCGGUAAGUAAAGAGUUUCAUGUUUUUUUUAAUGUGUUUUUCAAGUGUUGUUUAUCUAUCAAAUGCCUUAUAUUAUUUACAUAUUCUCACUCGCACACUGUUAAAAUGUAACAUUACAGUCAGAAUGACCAAAUUCGAAUGACUAUGCAGAUUUUGUAAACACUUUAAAUUAAGGUUACAUUAACAACCACAUAACUACAUAGUGAUACUUGUGGUACUCAUGGUGUGUAUAGUUCAGUGGAAAAGCAUCUGACCACAGAUUAAGUGGUCACAGGUUCAAAUCUACCAUACCAAGUUUGACUUGUCAUAUGAAAUUGAACUGCAAAACCGUAAAAUUUGUACCAUAUUUAACAUCAAUGUUUUUACUAUAGAUAUUGGUGUGUAGUUACAUGGUAAAUAAUGAAACCAUGAUGUUGUGUUGUCCAGAUUUGUAAUAAAUACAGCAGUACCCUUGAAAUAACAACCUUACAGCCAAGGUACUUUAAAUACAUUUUUCCUUUUUUAUUUAGACAACUUCAAAUUUUAUAUAUUCAAAAUACUUUUUUGACAUUUAAGCACAGAGUUAAUGCACCUUCCCCUUUAACAAUAAUUUUUAUUAAGGAUCAAAUGGUCGUUCAGAUGCAUUUUAAAUCAAAGAUUCAUUGGCCUAAAAACAUGAACUUUAUCACAAAAAUACACAUUUCACCGUUUUUGGGCGCUAGCAAAAAAUG